CCCACACAGAGGACAGGCGCUUGCUUCACUUCGAGUAGGGAAACAGCAGUCAGGUGCCGGAUGGGGCCUGCCUGGGGUGGGGGCCCGGGGUUUGUCUCUUCCUUUCUUGCCUCUCCUGGCAACGUAGCAAAGUGAGGCUUCACCUGGGGAGCACCAGUGUUCGGGAAGGCUCUGGAAGACGCCCCAAACCAUCUCUUCACUGGCAGUGAAACAUGCGGGAAAGGGCCAUGAAGCUGCCGCUGGUUGUCUCCUGCCUGGCUUCGCUGCUGCAGGCGUCCACACCGUUACGCAUCUGCGCCUUCAACAUCCAGAGCUUUGGAGACAGCAAACUGUCUGAUGAGGGGAUCUCAAAAAUUAUUGUCAAGAUCCUGUCUCGGUAUGACAUCGCCUUGGUGCAAGAGGUGCGGGACUCCGACCUCAGUGCUGUCACUGAAUUGAUGAAGCAGCUCAACAGCGCCUCCAAGCACCCUUAUGACUACGUGAUCAGCGAGUCCCUGGGUCGAGAGAACUACAAGGAGAUGUACCUCUUCCUCUACAGGACAGAGAGUGUCUCUCUCGUGGACAAGUACCAGUACCCAAACAAAGACAACGCCUUCAGCAGAGCGCCCUUCAUCGUGAAGUUCUCUGCUUCAGACUCAAAGGAAGACGAGCUGAUCCUGGUUCCCCUCCACACCCCUCCCAGUGAGGCAGUGGCAGAAAUCGAUGCCCUCUACGACGUCUACUUGAAGAUCAUUGACAGAUGGGGCAGCGAUAACAUCAUGUUCCUGGGGGACUUCAAUGCCGACUGCAACUACGUGGGGAAAAAGGCCUGGGCCUCCAUCCGCCUGCGCACCAGCGAGGUUUUCCAUUGGCUCAUCUCGGACACCGCGGACACCACUGUGGGACACUCCGACUGCGCCUAUGACAGGAUUGUCGUGUGUGGCUCAAAGCUGAGGAAGUGGAUCGAGCCCAAGUCUGCCAAAGUGUUUGACUUCCAAAGUGCUUUCAAGCUGAGCCAAGAGGAGGCUCUGGCCGUCAGCGACCAUUUCCCCGUGGAGGUGACGCUGAAGUCUCGCUGACGCAACUUCCCAGCCCUGCUACACCUUCCCCCCCGCAGGGCAGGCUGCGGGCACCUCUUGCUGCAGCAGCAAGGCCUGCCACUGCUGUGCAGGAUCCCACCUCGCGACUGCAUGGCCAGACCGUUGGGUGCGUCAUCCAUGGACUGAAGCAGCCGGCUUGCUCCCCAUCACCAGGCCAUGUGCACUUCCAGGCCAGCACUGCCUAUUCCGGGGGUCUCCAACCUGGUGCCCACCGGGCUUUUUGCGCCUCAGUUUACAUUUUAUCUUUUCAGCGGUUUUAAAAUUAGGAUUACUUUUACACGGGGAGGCUGACAUGCUGCAAAGCAACACACCAGCCUCCAGGGCCAUCUUCAUUUCCCAGCAUGCCUCUGGGCCCUUCCCAGCAUUCUUGGCCAAGUGACGGGUCUCUGAGCCGCCUUCCUUUGCUUUCUGUGAAACGGGUGUCCAAAAUUGUGGCUCUGUGUUUUGGAGCUCAGAACCACCCCGCCCCCCUCCUUUGCCACAGGCUGAGGCUCUUGGGCAAAGCACUGUUGUUUCGGCCUUCCAGGAAACGGCGGGGCGGGGCGGGGCGGCCACUCGAACUGUGAGCACCCCCACAACGCCUUCUUCUCAGCAUUCCAGUAGUGCUCCUCUUUCAGCCUAACCUACCUCAUGUGGUUGUUGCACAGAUAAAAUGGUGGGUGAGUGAGUGGGUGGAACCACGCACACAGCCCUUGCAGGAAGUCAUGCGACGUAGGCAGAGAUAAUAAAUGCAUAAAUGAAA